AUGCUUUCCGGAUAUGCAUCUCGAAUUCAUAAACGUUAUGGAAAGAAAAGAGUGAAAUUGGGAUUCGAGAAUGUGAUUGGUGAUGUUGAAUUGAUCGGUGAUAUACAUGUCACAGCUGGUGCUACUGUUGCUACUACUACUGCUGCUGCUGCUGCUGUCGUUGUUGCUGGUACGUUAUUUGGAUUAGUUGGUGAAGUUAUAGUAAUACCAGCACUGGGACCAUUAUUCUACAAAUAA